AUGUCUGCCCCCGCCCCUAUCCCUGCCCUCGACGAAGCCUCCAAGAAGGAGCUCGAAACCUUCCUCGAGCAAGAACAAGCCAAGGCCAAACUCCAGGCCAGCAUUCACGAGCUCACCAACACAUGUUGGAACACCUGUAUCACCGGGUCCAUCAGCUCCAAGUUUUCCAAGUCGGAAGCCCAAUGUCUCGAGAACUGUGUCGACCGAUUCCUCGACUCUUCGCUCUACAUUGUGCGACAGAUUGAGGCUCAAAAACAGCAGCUGUGA